UGCGUAGCCUUACGGCGGGCCCUUAGUGGAAGGGAAAUUGGAAUUACAGGGAAAAAACCUCGCCAAUUCCACCGUUGCAGGGGCAUAUAUUCAAUUGUAUGUUAUAAGUAACACACAACACAUUGGCUUAUCAAUUAUUUAAGAAUGGAGAACGAACGAUGAGGCUCUUGCAGUGUGGCUGGAGUUGACCGAUCAACGGAACCAUGGCUCAGUUUCCCACGACCUUCGCAGGGGGUCUGGAUGCCUGGGUGAUCUCUCCAGAUGAGCGAGCCAAACAUGACCAGCAGUUUGUCAGCCUGACCCCCACGCAAGCCGGCUUCAUCACAGGUGACCAGGCCAGGAACUUCUUCCUGCAGUCAGGCCUGCCCCCUCCAAUCCUGGCACAAAUAUGGGCCCUGGCAGACAUGAACAACGACGGGAAGAUGGACAUACACGAGUUCUCCAUCGCCAUGAAGCUGAUCAAGCUCAAGCUGCAGGGACACCCCCUGCCCCCCUCCCUGCCCCCCACCAUGAAGCAGCCGCCUCUCACAAUGCCGCCGCCGCCCACCGCACCCUUCGGAAUGCCUGGUUUGGGGGUGAUGCCAGGUCUCCCAGCAGUCCCUCCCUUACCCAUGCCCCCUAUGCCAGGGGUGGGUAUGUCACCCCCUCUGGUGUCGUCAGGCCCCCCACCGGGACCCCCUAUGGCCAACGGUGCCCCUGCCAUGAUUCAGCCAAUGGCAGGCUUCUCCCACCCAGCCACCUCACUCAACAAAAGCUCUUCUUUCAACCGCUCCAGUGCCAAGCUGCAGAAGGGCCAGUCGUUUGAGACUGCCAGCGCCCCUGUGCCCCCACAGCCUCCCCCUGAUUGGGCCGUGCCAAAUUCGUCACGGCUGAAGUACCGUCAGCUCUUCAACAGCCACGACAAGAUGAUGAGUGGCCACCUCACCGGACCCCAAGCGAGAACCAUCCUGAUGCAGUCCAGCCUUCCCCAAACCUCGCUGGCAUCCAUAUGGAAUCUCUCGGACAUCGACCAGGACGGCAAGCUGACCGCAGAGGAGUUCAUUUUGGCCAUGCAUCUGAUCGACAUGGCCAUGUCCGGCCUACCCCUACCCCCUGUCCUACCCCCGGACUUCAUCCCCCCCACCUUCAGGAGGGUUCGUAGCGGCAGCGGGGUGUCCCUCGCCAGCAUGCACUCCGUCGAUCAGCGGGUCCAAGAGGAGGCAGAGGAGGAGCAAGAGAGCGAGAAACAGAAGCUGGAGAAAUUGACGUUCGAGGACCGGAAGCGGGAGAACUUUGAGCGGGGCAACCUGGAGCUGGAGAAGCGGCGGCAGGCCCUGCUCGAGCUGCAGCGCAAGGAACAGGAGCGGCUGGCGGCGCUGGAGCGCGAGGAGCAGGACAGGAAGGAGCGGGAGCGGCUCGAGCAGGAGAGGAAGCGCCAGCAGGAACUGGAAAAGCAGCUGGAGAAGCAGAGGGAGCUGGAAAGACAACGGGAGGAGGAAAGACGCAAGGAGAUCGAGAGGAGAGAGGCAGCGAAGCGGGAACUGGAGCGCCAGCGUCAGCUCGAGUGGGAGAGAAACCGGCGACAGGAGCUGCUGACCCAGAGGAACCGAGAGCAGGAGAACAUUGUCCUGCUCAAGGCUCGCAAGAAGACCUUGGAGUUUGAGCUGGAGGCCCUGAACGACAAGAAGAGCCAGUUAGAAGGCAAGCUGCAGGACAUACGUUUCCGACUGUCGGCCCAGCGGCAUGAGAUCGAGACCACCAACAAGACCCGUGAAAUCCGCAUCGCCGAGAUCACCCACCUCCAGCAGCAGCUGCAGGACUCACAGCAGUGGCUCGGCCGGCUUAUCCCUGACAAACAGUGUCUGAACGACCAGCUCAAACAAGUCCAGCAGAACAGCCUGCAAAGGGACUCUCUGUCUUCGCUGCAGAAGGCGGUCGAGGUGAAGGAGUCCAGCAGGCAGCAGCUGAGAGAACAGCUCGACGCCGUGGAGAGAGAGACCCGCUCCAAGCUGCUGGAGAUAGACGCCUUCAACACCCAGCUCAAGUCUCUGGCUGCGUUUUAUGAGGGUCACGCUGCCCGACUAGAGGGCCUCCAUCUGGACCUGCUUCUGGAGGAGCAGAGGGGGCGACAGUCCGAGGGCGGCUCGGCGGACCAGACGCUGCUGGACUGUCUCUCGGCCCUCCUGGCCUGUCUGCAGCAUAUACACUCCUACCUCCAGGAGCUCCGAGAGAUCCACAGCAAACAGCAGAGGCAAAAGCAGAAGGACCACCUGGAGGGAGACAUCCAUGGCAACGCCCAGGAGAGGGCAAAGUCUGCCGAGCUCAUAGAUGGCAGGUUGUCGGCCACCGACGAGGGACUGGCCUGGAAGGAAGAAGGGAAGGUGGAGGCCCCCACCCCGCCCCCCCAGCCCUGGAUGAAGCGAGUGAGCGAGGAGGAGGGGCGCACUAAGAAGGACAUGCAGGACAAACUCAACAAGCUGUUCAUGCAACAGCCUGAGCCAGGGAAACCCAUGAACCAGAGUCCAUGGCCCACGGGCGACAAGAUGCCGGUGACGGGUUUCAACCAGGACAUGGUCAAGGUGGCUUUCUACCGGGCUCUAUACCCCUUUGAUGCCCGCAGUCACGACGAGAUCACCAUCACCCCCGGAGACAUUGUCAUGGUUAAAGGGGAGUGGGUGGACGAGUCUCAGACAGGCGAGCCGGGCUGGCUGGGUGGUGAGCUGAAGGGGAAGACGGGCUGGUUCCCCGCCAACUACGCCGAAAAGAUCCCUGAGUCGGAGGUUCCUGUGAGCCUGCGGGCCAGCGCCGCUGUAACAAAUGCCGCGUCCAAACUGGCCUCGCGUCUCACACCCACCACUGCCUCCACCACACCCACGCCACCCAACCAGCCAAUGGCCACGCCUCCCCCGCCGACUGCUCCUCCCGCCCCUGGCCCCGCCUCUUCCUCCUCCUCAGCAUCCAGUAAUUGGGCAGACUUCAGCACCACAUGGCCGUCCACCAGUUCUGUGGAUAAGACUGAGACCGGGGAGGGCUGGGACGCAUGGCCCACACAACCGUCUCUCUCUGUGCCGAGCGCCGGGCCUGGAGGCCAACUGCGCCAGCGUUCUGCCUUCACCCCUGCCACCCUGACAGGCUCCUCUCCGUCGCCAGUCCUGGGACAGGGUGAGAAAGUGGAGGGUUUGCAGGCUCAAGCUCUGUACCCGUGGCGGGCCAAGAAGGACAACCACCUCAACUUCAACAAGAGCGACGUGAUCACGGUCCUGGAGCAGCAAGACAUGUGGUGGUUCGGUGAGGUGCAGGGCCAGCGGGGCUGGUUCCCCAAGUCCUAUGUCAAGCUCAUCUCUGGCCCUGUACGCAAGUCCAUGAGCAUUGAGUCUGGCUCGUCUGACAGCCCCCCCAGCAUGAAGAGACCCACCCCGUCUCCCACCAAGCCCAUGGACCCAGGAGAAGAUCAAACCAGGUCAGAGUUGACAAAUAUCGGUUUGUGUUACCCAGAAUACAUAGCCAUGUACACUUAUGAGAGCAACGAGCAGGGCGACCUGACCUUCCAGCAGGGCGACGUCAUCGUUGUCACCAAGAAAGAGGGCGACUGGUGGACGGGCGUGGUCUCGGGCAAGACAGGGGUAUUCCCGUCUAACUAUGUCAAACCCAAGGACUCUGAGGGACUGGGGCCCGCGGGGAAGACGGGAAGCCUGGGGAAGAAGCCAGAGAUAGCCCAGGUCAUUGCCCCGUACACGGCCACGGGGGCUGAGCAGCUCACCCUAGCGCCCGGCCAGCUCAUCCUCAUCCGGAAGAAGAACCCGGGGGGCUGGUGGGAAGGAGAACUGCAGGCCCGGGGGAAAAAGCGUCAGAUUGGCUGGUUUCCGGCCAACUACGUGAAGCUCCUGAGCCCCAGCACCAGUAAGACCACACCCACAGAGCCCACGCCCCCCAAGCUGCCUACGCCCAGUGCAGGUAGGGGCCAGGAGCAGGGACCUGACGGAGGCCCCGCUGGGCCUUGGGGCCCCUCCUUGACUCAACAUAUGACGGCAGUGUGUCAGGUGAUUGGCAUGUACGACUAUAUGGCCCAGAAUGACGACGAGCUGCCAUUUGGCAAGGGCCAGAUCAUCAACGUGUUGAGCCGGGACGACCCUGACUGGUGGAAAGGCGAGCUGAACGGCUCAGUGGGCCUCUUCCCCUCCAACUACGUCAAGCUGACCACAGACACCGACCCGAGCCAACAAUGGUGCGCCGACCUCCAUCUGCUGGACAUGCUCACCCCCGUGGAGAGGAAGAGACAAGGCUACACGCACGAACUCAUCGUCACGGAGGAGAACUACGUCAACGACCUGCAGCUCGUCACUGAGGUCUUUCAGAAGCCUCUGUUGGAAUCGGAGCUGCUUACGGAGAAAGAGGUGGCCAUGAUCUUCGUCAACUGGAAGGAGCUGAUCAUGUGCAACAUCAAGCUGCUCAAGGCCCUGAGGGUGAGGAAGAAGAUGUCGGGCGAGCGGAUGCCAGUGAAGAUGAUCGGGGACAUCCUGACGGCCCAGCUUCCCCACAUGCAGCCCUACAUCCGCUUCUGCAGCUGCCAACUCAACGGUGCCACGCUCAUCCAGCAGAAGACCGACGAGGUGCCGGAGUUCAAGGACUUCGUCAAGAGACUGGCCAUGGACCCACGCUGCAAGGGAAUGCCCCUGUCCAGUUUCCUCCUCAAACCCAUGCAAAGGGUGACGCGCUACCCCCUCAUCAUCAAAAAUAUCCUGGAGAACACUCCGGAGGCCCACCCAGACCACAGCCAUUUGAAGCAAGCUCUGGAGAAAGCUGAGGAGCUGUGUUCCCAGGUGAACGAGGGCGUCAGGGAGAAGGAGAACUCUGACCGGCUUGAGUGGAUCCAGACCCACGUCCAGUGUGAGGGGCUGUCUGAGCAACUCGUGUUCAACUCGGUGACUAACUGCCUGGGUCCACGCAAGUUCCUCCACAGCGGCAAGCUCUACAAGGCGAAGAGCAACAAGGAGCUCUAUGGCUUCCUUUUCAAUGACUUCCUCCUCCUGACUCAGAUCAUCAAGCCACUGGGCUUCUCGGGCUGCGACAAGGUGUUCAGUGCCAAGUCCCAUCUGCAGUAUCGCAUGUAUAAAACGCCCAUCUUCCUGAACGAGGUCCUGGUGAAGCUGCCAACGGACCCCUCGGGAGACGAGCCCAUUUUCCACAUCUCCCACAUCGACAGGGUCUACACGAUACGAGCCGAGAGCAUCAAUGAGAGGACGGCCUGGGUGCAGAAGAUCAAGGCUGCUUCAGAGCUCUUCAUCGAGACAGAGAAGAAGAAGAGGGAGAAGGCGUACCUGGUCCGCUCUCAGAGGGCCACGGGCAUCGGCCGACUGAUGGUGAACAUCGUGGAGGGCAUUGAGCUGAAGCCCUGCCGCUCCCAUGGUAAGAGCAACCCGUACUGCGAGGUAACGAUGGGCUCCCAGUGCCACAUCACCAAGACCCUGCAGGACACGCUCAACCCCAAGUGGAACUCCAACUGUCAGUUCUUUAUCAAGGACCUGGAGCAGGACGUCCUCUGUGUGACCGUGUUCGAGAGGGACCAGUUCUCUCCUGACGAUUUCCUGGGCAGAACCGAGAUCCGUCUGGCGGACAUUAAGAAGGACCAGGGCUCCAAAGGCCCCAUUACCAAGAGGCUGCUCCUCCACGAGGUGCCCACUGGAGAGAUCGUGGUACGACUGGACCUGCAGCUCUUCGAGGAGCCCUAGGAGCCGGCCCGCAGCCUAACCCAACACCCAUGCUGUACGCGCCGCGACGCCCCACCCCAAGCCCCGUUACCCCUGCGCCUAAGCCUCACCAAGUUCUAGUGACAAUCCCCCCCAGUGACCCAGCCCCACACUCCUGUGUGCGUUUGUGCGGGCGUGAGUGGGCACGUAUGACUGCGUGUGAAUGUCUGCAAAAGCUACCGAGGGUCUUAAUAGGUGAUUGGUCUUUUCUCUAUGAUUUCUGUCAGUAUGAAUGGCGUAUGUUUGAAAUCAUGAUUUUACUAUAAUCCGGUUGACGCGAGUUACGAAACAUUCCACUGCUAUUCAGCGAUCGCAAAGACUGUCGUAUGACGCCAUGGAGCUAUGAGACAUACAGCACACUUUAGAGAAAGGUUGGAAACGGCGUGUGGGAUCGUUGCCAGUGCACCCUAAAUCUAAGAGGUCCCACUCCAAGCAGUAGCACCGGAGUUGUGUUCAUUAGUCAACCGGGCACCAAAAACGGAUGAAAACAGGGAGAGACCACCUGGAUUUGUCCAAUGUGACGUUCUAAUAUUCCAUUGCAAAACGUUUUUAAAACACUUGCCGUCACAUGCCCUAAUGAACAUCACCCAGAUGACCACAGUGUUGUUGGUAUAGAUAGUAAGCUCUGAUUUAACCUCGCUGUUGACGCUAUUACAGGCUGAACAAAUACGAAAGCCGUGUCUUAUAAUACAUAUUUCUCUUAGCUGGAAAUUAAUUGUGUUUUUGAAAUACAAAGGUACAGAGAGUUACAGUACGUACAGUACCUGAAUGUGAGAAGGAGAUAUACUUGGAGAUAGAGGCUCAGUCAUUUGGUUAAAAACUUUGGAAAAUGGCAUGUGUAAAGGAAAGUUAAUUAUAUACUACAGUAUGCAAUGAAUUAAUUUUAAAGUUAGUAUUACCUUUGUAGAUUCCACAUAUUUAGUGUUUCAGAUUCUACCCUCAAAUGAAAGACGUGAACGAAGUGUAUUUGAGACAUUUCAGAAGUAGGCCUGCUAUUGGACUGCUUCUGUGGUACCAUCACGUGUUUAAUUCAACAUAUGUGGCUAACAUAUGUUGACAUGCUUACUUUUGCUGCCACAUAAGUGUCGACUCCUCACCGGUUAAUGGUGAAACAUACUCCGUUUUAAGCUUUUAUUCACAUGUGGCAAAUUGAAGAACAGGUCUCCUGUUGUCUAAAUUAUUAGGAACUGUAUAUGAGAGUGUAACUCAAGUAAUUGACUAUUGUCAAUGAUGUCAGCAACAUUUUGGUCAUUGGUCUGAGUGAUUGUCGUUUUUAACACAUUCAUAUCUUCGUGUUUUGUAUGUAUAUUUUAUAGUUGUUUUUUUAUUGCUUUUUUUGUACGGCAAAAGAGUACUAUUUAAUAUAGAGUGCUAUAUUUAUUAUGGAAUUGACAUGACUAAUGUGUUGGAAAGCCCUUUGUGUUUUGUUUUUUUUGCAAACUUAAUUUAGGUAUUCCCUAAGGUCUGGCUUCAUUGUGAGUUCAUCUUUUGGCUGGUUGCCGUGGCUGUAACUGUUUGUAAAAAGGAGGUCUUUCAGGUUAAUUCAGUUUGGGUCUCACAAAUGUAUUGAUUUCCUUUGCAAGCAGACAGGGUCAUUUAGCAUGUUGUGUGGCACUGUUCAGUAGAGAAAAUUGUAUAAAAUAUUUAUACAAAUGAAGGUUGAAAAAAUCCAGACCUAAGGGACAUUUCAGCCUAGUUAGGUGCAGAAUAUGAUUACUCAGAGAUUUGAGACAAUUUGAAUUAUUCAUAUUGUCUUUAUUAUUUACGAUGGCCCUCCCAUUCUAUUGGGUUCUACAUCUGAAGAGAGAUGUACAGGGAUGUCCAAGGCAGCACAGACAACAGACUUUGUGACUACAGUUAGUACUGUAAAGUCUGUCCAUAGUAGUUAAACACAUUGGAGGUGUGAGAUCUUGGUGUAAUGUUAGUUUAAUAUAUGCUGUUACCAGAUAUGUGUAGAUAACAAUAAUAUAAUAUUAGUCAAAACCCAGUGCCCCAUUUUAGUGAGAGUGGUCAAGGGGAAGAGCUUUUGCAGAGUUCCUUAUCAUUUUUGUGUUUAGGAGGGUGUGGGUGUGUCUGUGUGUCUGUGUGUGGGUGUGUCUGUGUGUGGGUGUGUCUGUGUGUGGGUGUGUCUGUGUGUGGGUGUGUCUGUGUGGGUGGGUGUGGGUGUGUGUGUGACGUCAAUUUACUUUUCACGAGUGGUUCGAUAUGUGCUGGGUCUCUGUUCAAGUUGGAGGACUUAGCUGAAGGCUUGUCAUUUCCCUAGUGUGUCAACUUCUUUACCUCUACCCUCGUUCCCAGUUGUCCACAGUAGUGCUAUUUUACUGUUCACUCUAAAACCAGUGAAGCUCUUCAAUAUUUUUAAUGAGCAAAGUCGUACCAGAUAAAUUACAGUAUGUGAAUAUGUUGAAAUAUUUGAAAGGAGUAUAAGUAAUAUAUUACAACUACCGUAGAAGAAUAAUGAUGUUGAUGACAAUGUAUUGUUAUCAAUAUAUGAGAUGUGUAUUGUCUUAAAUGUUGAAAAUAAAAUUGAAUUGGACCAAGUA